GAUCAUCAGCUUCGCAGGUUUUAAGCUUCAUUUUCCAAAGCCACCGAGCUCAGACGAAAAAAAAAACCCACCGAGCUGAGUCGGUGUCGGUGGUCGGUGAUCGGCGAGUGUGACGUGGCAAUGGGCACGAUGAGCCCCACGCAGCUUGAUUACUACGAAGACAUGUGGAAGCUUGAAUCCGAUGCCACACUGGUAGCGUUGGUCAAAGGUGAAGAUGGACGGACGGCUUUGGUGUUGGACCGGACGGUGUUCCAUCCGCAAGGCGGCGGUCAACCGGCGGACACAGGCUUCGUCGCCGUCGCCGGUUCGGAGGUCAAGUUCGUCGUGCAAGAUGUGCGGUCCAAGGACGGUGUAGUUUACCACUACGGUUUGGUUGAGAAUUGCGGUGAGGGAUGGGAAGCGGAGUUUGAGAAAGGGAGAGAGGUGGUGUUGCAUGUUGAUGAGUCUAGGCGCAAGCUUAAUUCUAGGCUUCACUCAGCUGGGCAUUUGCUAGAUGUGUGUAUGGAGAAUGUGGGAUUAGGUGAUUUAAAGCCAAGCAAAGGCUACCAUUUCCCUCAAGGGCCACAUGUGGAAUAUAUAGGCAUAGUUCCACAGAAAGAUGUGCAAAGUAAGCAGAAAGAGUUGGAGUUAGAAGUUAAUGCAUUGAUAUCGAGAGGAGGGAAGGUCUUUGUUGCAUCAGUACCAUAUGAAGAAGCAUGUAAGCUGUGUGGUGAAUGUCUUCCCGAUUACAUUCCAAAGGACAGCACUCCUCGUAUUGUGAAGAUGGGGACCAAUCCGGGCUGCCCAUGUGGUGGUACUCAUGUUUCUGAUAUUUCAGAGAUCAUCAGUGUUACAGUUUCUCAAAUACGGACCAAAAAAGGAUUCACGAAGGUCUUUUACAAUGUUGGUCCCUAAAUCUUGGUGUAUUGAUCACGUUUCUGACAAGGAACUUAUGUCUGUCGAAGUGCAUUUUUGAUGCCUUGUUGAUUGGGUUGAUGGUCAAUUGAUCAUUUGAUAUGAUCAAAGUUGUAGGGGUUACUUUUGAACAGUAAAGCAUUGCUUGUAAUUUUCAUUCUAUGGGCUCCAUCCGUAUCGUAUAUAUGCUGCCUGCUGUUUUAGCUCUGUCUCUAUGUGAGCUAAGACUCAGUAUACAUACUGAUGGUAGAUAUGAAUGUAUCAUAGUGUCAUAAGACUUGUAACGUUUAGCAGGAGACUUGGUGAAUCCAUAUGAAUGUAUGCUAAGACUAGUAACAUUCCUGCUUCCUAUAAA